ACAGACAACACCAUCUCUCUAGCAAUCUGCUUCUUCUCAUCGCCCUAAGAAGCUUCUGCACUGCUACGACGUCCGACUGCAAGAUGUGGAUGAGGAAGAAGAAGGUGGGGACGGCGAGGCCGGCUGCCCGGAGGAGGAUGCCGACGUCGCUCGGCGCGCUGUGGCGGCGCGUGGUCGGGCCGGCGCGCGUCCGCAAGACCAGGACCACCACCAAGACCAAGAAGAGCAAGACCAGGUCGCUCUCGCGCGCGCUGCAGGUGUUCUCCUGCGUCCGCGGCCAUCGCAAAGGGAGGACGGCGGCGCGCCGGUAUUGAUCGACGAGCGACGCGCGCGGCGUGUCCACGUCUGGCGCCCGCACGCCGUCCGGGCGUCCUCGACAGAGUCGCGGACAGCGGUUUGAGUCUUCUUUAGAGCUGCGCGAGACGAAUUGUGCGUGUUAACUUUGUAUCUCGUGUCUACGUACUGUACUUGUAAUUGUAUUCCCUAUGCUGUGAAAAGAAUAUUUCACUUUCUA